CUAUCUUCUUUCUUCCCCAAAUCACUCUAAAACCCUAAAAGUAUCAAACUUUCACACUCCAACAUCCCCAAUUUCAUUUCAAUUUCAGUUUUAACAAACACCCACAAUGAGUCUCCUGAUCACAACACAUUCUCCGACGUCUUACCAGCUCCGAUCAGCCGCCGUGAGCUGCCGCUGGAAGUAUCAGUCACCAUCUUCUUAUUUACGCAUGCGUGAUCAUAUUAAGCUAUAUAAUAAUCAAAGUCAUUGUUUAUAUUGUUGUAAAGAUAAAAAUGUGAUUAAUGGGCAAAAUUUGAGAUUUUCUGUUAAUGCAUUUUCUGGAUGGGCUGGUGAUACUGAUGAUGGUAAUGGUGUCGAGGUUGCGAGUGAGUCGGAACCGAAAAAAGGAUGGUCUGGAGGGAUAGUGGGAGCUGCGGUUGCAGGGAUUGUUCUUGUUGGUGGACUCGCCUUUGCAACAGUGUCUAUAAACAGAAGGAUAUCUGGAACAAAAAAGAACAUGGAAACAUUGACAACACAUCAGGAAGAGUCAUUGAUAUCUGUUGACCCAAAAGAAAUUGUUGAAGAGGAGGGAACUACUACAAAGAAUGAUAUGCUAAAUGAUAGUCAUCUGGAAGGCAAGCCAGGUAAAGACGAGAGUUAUGUCUCAAAUGUAAAAGAAAAUGAAACCAGAAUUGAUGAAGAUUUAGGUGUGAACAUAGAAGAUGGGGUGGUGACGAACAAUGAUUCUAAUCAACAAGAUUUUCAAGAGGAAUUACCAGCCGCUGAAGUACAGAAAUCCGAUGUUAAUAAUGCUUCGCUUGAUGCACCUAGUGUUGAAAAUUUAGAGGAAGGUUUAGUUACCGAGAAGUUUAAAUCAACUAAUAAUAUAGAAGACGGUCAGACUGAUGUAAAUAGUAUAGAUUCCUUGGUCUCAGAUGUACACUCCAUAAAUCAUGAAACGGGUGACCUGGAUGUAGAUACUACAAUAAAAGGAUCAGAUGAACCCAGCUUACCUUCGUCCAUAACAACCAUUCUGGAUACACAGAAUGAGCAGGUGGCCGUGACUUUAGAGCCUUCGUUGGCUCAAGAAGAAGAUAUUGAGCCUAUUCCUUUGAAAACCGAAGAUUUUGACAGUAAAGAAACACAAGGAUUUUUAGGGGAGUCAUUGCCUUAUACAUUCGCAAGCAAACCAAAUGAUAUUGAUCAUAAUGAUAACAUUAAAAGAACUGUUUUUGACGCGGUGGAUCUUGCAAAUCUUUCUUCUUCUGCAAGUAUUCCGGCUCCAUCUGUACUUUCACCAACUCUACAGGCCUUACCUGGGAAGGUGUUAGUUCCUGCAGUUGUUGACCAAGUUCAGGGACAGGCUUUAGCAGCAUUGCAAGUAUUAAAGGUUAUUGAAGGUAAUGUUCAGCCUGGUGAUUUGUGUACUCGUCGUGAGUAUGCUCGAUGGUUGGUUUCUGCCAGUAGUGCUCUUUCGAGAAAUACUCUAUCCAAAGUGUACCCUGCAAUGUAUGUUGAGAAUGUUACUGAACUUGCUUUUGAUGAUAUUACACCUGAAGAUCCUGAUUUCUCUUCCAUACAAGGCUUGGCUGAAGCAGGACUCAUUGCCAGCAAGCUCUCUCAACGUGACAUGAACAUUUCAAACCCAGAUGAGAGCUCUCUGCACUUUUGUCCCGAAAGUCCUUUAUCGCGUCAGGAUCUUGUGAGCUGGAAAAUGUCCUUGGAAAAAAGAUUGCUUCCUGCAGCUGACAAAACGAUCCUUCAACGACUCUCAGGUUUCAUAGACAUUGACAAGAUCAAUCCAGAUGCUUGGCCUGCACUGAUAUCAGAUCUUUCAGCAGGAGAAAAUGGAAUAGUAGGCCUUGCAUUUGGUUACACUAGACUCUUUCAGCCUAAUAAGCCUGUGACAAAAGCACAAGCUGCUAUUGCUCUUGCAACUGGUGAGGCUUCUGAUAUAGUCAGCGAGGAACUGACACGAAUAGAAGCAGAAUUAAUGGCUGAAAAAGCUGUUGCAGCACACAAUGCUCUUGUUGAUCAAGUGCAGAAAGAUGUUAAUUCAUAUUUUGAAAAUGAUCUAAACUUAGAAAGAGAAAAGAUUGCUUCUUUAGAGAAAAUAGCUGAAGAAACGAGGCAGGAAUUGGAGCGAUUAAGAGCCGAACAAGAGGAACAGAACAUUAAGAUGAUGAAAGAACGUGCAGCUGUUGAUUCACAAAUGGAAGUGCUUUCAAAAUUACGACACGAAGCAGAGGAAGAGUUGCAAGGAAUAAUGAGUAAUAAAGUAGAGAUAUCAUAUGAAAAAGAAAGGAUAAACAAGCUACGGACAGAUGCAGAAAUUGAAAAUCAGGCAAUAUCUCGGUUACAAUAUGAACUAGAAGUUGAGCGGAAAGCCUUGGCUAUGGCUAGAUCUUGGGCUGAGGAUGAGGCAAAAAGAGCAAGAGAGCAAGCAAAAGUCUUGGAGGAUGCUAGAGAUCGAUGGGAAAGUCAGGGCAUUAAGGUAGUUGUGGACAAUGAUCUUCGUGAAGAAACAGUUGCAGAAUCUACAUGGGUCAAUGCUCAGAAGCAAUUUUCCAUUGAAGGAACAAAGAGCCGAGCUGAAAACCUGGUAGACAAACUGAAGUCAAUGGUAGCUGAUUUGAAAGGCAAAUCGAAGCAGGUACUUGAUAAGGUCAUUGAGAAGAUAGUCUUCUUUAUAUCUCAACUAAAAGAAUGGGGUUCAAAGACUGUGAAACAAGUAGGGGAUGCCAAAGAUGGAGCGGUGUGGAAAGUCAACAGCUCAGUGCAAGGUUUGCAACAAAGUUCAGUUGGGUUGACUUCAGGUGUAAAAGAAGGUGUGAAGCGUGUUGUUGGUGAUUGCAGGGAAGGGGUUGAGAAAAUUACCCAAAAGUUCAAGGCAUGAGUUACGGAUUACGGCCUGAUCUUGUUAUACUUCUAUUGUUGUAAUUUUGUAGACCUCACUUUUUUAAUUAAACUGAAGAAUAAUUGGUUUGCAGAUGGUUGUAAGUAGUACUGAUGAAGUACCAGCUAUUGGUACAAGGUUGUGGAAAGCAACAGAUAGCACUACGAUUUAAAGGCAACUCAUUUGUAGUGAACUAAUAAGUCUAUUAAUCCCAUCUGUAAUGUUCGGUCAAUAAGUAGAGAUGUUUAUUUCUCUUAA